AUGGUAGUACUCAGGUCGCUGCGCCAGUCGUCCACGUACCUAUACCUCAAGGCGUACUGGCUCUGUGCCCUGGUAUCCCUCUUCAAAGCUACGCCUGUUUCUUCCGGCAUUGAGCACGCGAGGAACCAAUUGCACUUGGAUAAGAUCCAAGAGUUUGCAAGCUGCAAUGCCCAGAUAGCCUUUGUUAGAGAAGCGCUGGCAGCAAAGAAAAGGAGGCUGGAGCGAACCAUGAAAUCCACACCAACGCCCGAGCCAGGAAAAAGACGGUCCGUGACUUUGAAUUCUAGCUCGCCCGUGAGGACGACGGUAGAGAGGUGGUACCACAGGACUGCGGAUCUCACCCAGGUCAAGCAUCUUCUUCGCCGGGAUGAUUCCGACUACAAGGUGUAUCCCGAGUUGAAAUGGGACGCGUCUGUCAGGUGCUCACCUGACUUGCAUCAGGAGGAAAAAGCAUUCAUAGACUUGCGUAAAAGGCGCAUAUCUUCUCAGGGCGAGGAUUCUUUACACAAGUUCCUGGGCUUGCCACCAGAUGAGUUGGUUGAUCCCCGAGAUGUGCCCCUGGUGUCUCUGGGGGGUUCUGGCGGAGGUUAUAGGGCAAUGUACGGUUUUGGGGCCUUUAUUUUGGCGUCCAAGAAACUAUAUCUCUGGGAUUGUAUAACCUGGGUAGCCGGAGUGAGUGGAAGUUGUUGGACGCUGGGUGCCUACUACACAAUUGCCGGCCACGAUAUUGGCAAACUCAUGCGGCAUUAUGUGACCGUCGCUCACGAACUCGCCCACCCCAUGAGUCUGUACGCCCUUAACGUCGUGGCGCGGAGCAGCAAAGGAAUUUAUUUUCUCAUUGGGCCUUUACUUCGAAAGGUGGAAUGUAGCAUUAUUGGACUGGGUAUCAUGGAUCUCUACGCGACCCUGAUCACGACGUAUCAAUUUCUGUCGCGGCAGCCAGGAAUGAGACUGAGCAGAGCUACUUUCCAAUUCUCAAAGGUUUGGGGUCGUUCUUGUGCCAAGACAGCAGCAGAACCCAUGCCAAUCCUCACAGCUGUGAGAAGGGCCCCUAAAGAUGCCGAGGGAGUAAAACCACACAGGGACUCUUCGAUCAGCAAGGGGCAACCUCCAGAUCGAUCACUGUUACAGCAUGAUGCUGAUUGUUUGAAUGCACGUCUAGUCCGCGAACAGGAACGCCCCAGGGAUGAGCUAGGAAACAUCAUCCGACACGAUGGCCUCUUUCAGUGGUUCGAGAUCUCUCCUCUGGAAAUUGGAUGUGUAGAUAUCCAGAAGUACAUUCCCACGUGGUCAUGGGGGCGCACCUUUGUUUCUGGUCAUUCCUCUGAUCGGCGACCUGAGCAGUCCUUCGCACUCUUACUCGGGCAGUGCACAAGUGCUCCGGCUGGGCCACUAACAGGCUACAUAUCCGCCCUUCUCGCUUCCCUACCGAAGGGUACGAUGAUGUCAAGGGCGCUAUUCGCGAUAAAUAGAUUUAUCCGCCAGAAGAAAUGGGAGAGGCUCUGGGUGAAUCCUAUUCGUGCUGGACACGACCCGAACCCUUUUUAUGGCCUCAAUUUCCCGUUAAACCACAACAGAGACGCACUUGAGGUAGAGGGUGCCUGGGACUCUGUGGAGGGUGAGAGUACUGCUAGUGGGAAAAGUACGACUCCUCAGGGCGAGCUAACGAAGACUCAGCAAUGGGAAGCGCAAGGGAGAGUCAGACUCAUGGACAGUGGGAUGUCAAACAACCUGCCAAAUCAUGUCUUGGCACGAGCAGAGCGCUCUGCCGACGUCAUGAUCUCUUUUGAUGCGUCAUCAGAUGUUCAGACACAUUCUGCUCUUCAGAGAAUACAUAAUUUCGCUGAGGAUAGCGGCAUCCAUUUGGAGGAUUGCACCGAUCUCUUUGAGCUGCCCAGUUCAAGAAGCGAGGAGGGUGCCUUUGGACUAGCUGCUGCUCACAUCGAAUUACAUCAUCUUCAACAAUAUGCACAGGUCUUCAGAGGAAGAAGACACGAUGGCCAAGUCCUUUACAUAGUAUACUGCCCGCUACUGCCAAACCCGGUUAAUCCUCACUAUAACCCUUCCAAAGCAGCCUUCUCGAGUUCCUACAAUCUUGUAUGGACACCCGAGCAAGUUAGCACACUUGUUUUAACAGCAGAGUCCAACCUCUCAGAUUAUGCCAUCACGGUGAUUCAACAGGUGAUGAGAAAAGUUUACAUGGACAAAAAAGCACAGCGGUUAGAGUUUAGCCAAGCUAGUCAACAUGAUAUUGGUUAUGCCUCCUAUGAGGGCUCGGGUCAUGAACGAUAUAGCGCUGCUGGAUAG